AUGUUUCAGAUCGUUGUCAUCGAUUCUAAACAGUUUUACUACGAGUUUGUGUUCAAUAAGUGGCUGAAUGCAACACAAAGCGGUAUGAUUGGUCGAGUACAUCAAGAAGCUUCACUAACAAGGAAAUACGGAGGUCCUCAUUCAAAAGAAUACUUCAGGUGUAUGGCAAACGGUUCUAAAGUAUGGUACAAAGAUCACAACACGUACAAACCAGGCGUCAUAACAAACYUAAACGACAGCAAUGUUACUAUUUCAACGGUCAGCGGUCAGACCAUCGUACUGCCACGCCCAUCUGGGGAAUCCCCUCCUUUGAUUGUCAAUGAUGAUUCGUUUCUAUACAAAAGAAGUAAACAUAUACCUGGGACUUAUAUUGCUGCGUUCAAUGAAAGCAAGGURUACUACUUCGGUACGGCUGCACAUGGAACCACAGCUGCUUAUACAACRUAUACCAGAAGUCGCAGCUACACGUGGGUCGCAUAUCAAUACAAGUUCUAUUACAAGGGCGGCUUAACACAAGAGUUCCUUCGUGGAGGAAUUAUAAGGAAAGUUGACAAARUAUCAACAGCAUUUUGUCAUAAAGAUGUGCCUGCGAUCGAGCCUAAGGAAAUCAACGCGUACUUCACAUGUUCCAACAAUAAUGGCUUGGCAGGUCACGUGAUUUCAAAAAUCAGURCCCCAAAUUCUAUGGUCUGCGGUAUGAUAUGUUCAAGACAUGCGAAAUGUUUGUCUUUCAAUUUCUGUAACUCGUGCAGUCUUAAAACAAAGAACUGUGAGCUUAAUAAAGCAGCGAUUGGUCAGUUGGAUAGAAAAGGAUUUAACCACUGCCUUAUGGUAGAUAAAGCGAUCACAAAAUAAUUGAUACUGAACGGGGCCAAUGGAGCUGCCCAAAUAUGGCACAAUAAUGCCAUAUAUGGCCUUAAGACUUAAAGGUCUCGAAUAAUGAAGCUUGAUACAUAUUCAUGUACAUCAUAUUGCUGUCAUAGAGACAAAAUCAUUGAUUUAASGAUAAGCAAUUUUAUUAUGAACUGAAUAUAUAUGAUAUGAAGUACUAAAGCAAACAUAAUAGAUUAAAGCAAAUUAUAUUUCAAUAUAUAAAAAUGAUUAAAAAUAAUCAUAAAGAAAGCAAAGUUGAAGUUUGUAACUGAUGAUAAUCUGUUUGAAAAAAUUAUACAAUACAAACUAAAGAAAC